ACUGAUCACACACCAGCAGCACUACUCAGCUCACUGGCACAUACUGACCACUGUGCUGCUCCCAGAGACCCCGCCCAGGCCACGCCCCUCCGAUGUCACUUCCAACGGGUUUCCUAGGAGACGAGCAGACGCUGCAGGGGGAGAGAGACCCGGAUCUACAGCCUGAUAACACACAAUGUCUGGUCUGCUGGUGACACCGCGGCUGAGGGUCUCACAAACCUAUCACACCCCCCAGCCACUAAUCCCAGACAGUGGCGGAGACUUUGAGGAGCCGCGUCCUGAUCCCAGCACAGAGGGGGAUGUCCAGCUGGAGAGGGAGAUCGACUGUGGCAAGGAGGUGAUGUGCUGCCGCUUCAACCCAUCCGGGACCCUGCUGGCUGCUGGACUUGUCAGUGGGACCAUUAAGGUGUACACUGUGUCUGAUGGAAGCUGCCUGCACACCCUGAGGGAUGAUCAGUCGAUAGCAGCCUGUCUUCCCGUGACCGCGCUCAGGUUUCACCCCACCACACCCGUCUCUAUGGGCGACUUGCUGCUAGCAACGUAUGCCGGUGGCCAGGUGAAGUUCUGGCACUUGUCCACUCAGAGCUGCGUCCGGCACCUGCGGGAAGACCGUCAGAUCCUGGCAGCGACCUUCAACCCGUCCGGCAGCCACUUCAUCACUGCAGGAUCCAGUCAGGAGAUCCUGGUGUACGAUACCAAGAGCAUGACCUGUGUGAACGUCUGCCAGCCCAGCCCAUCUCUGUCCGUGAUGGAUGGACACCGCUCCCGCGUCUUCGGACUGACAUUCCACCCCGGCAGUGAGGAAAGCUUUAUAUCGGGAGGCUGGGACGACACGGUGCAGUUCUGGGACAUCAGACAGAAGCACUCCCUGAGGAAGAUCUCCGGCCCCCAUGUCUGCGGCGACGCACUGGACAUUGAUCCAGAUAUGGAGCAGAUUCUGACUGGGUCGUGGAGGAAACAGGAGAGUCUGCAGGUGUGGGACUCUCAGACCGGACAAAAGAUACGUACGGUGCCUGACGACUUCCGCGGCCCAUCCAGGGUGUACAGCUGCCGCUGGUUGGGCGCAGGUCACAUGGUUGCAGCAGGAAGUGACAUCAAUAUGUGUCGGAUUGUUGAUCGUAACUCUCUGCUGACACGCGGGAGCCUGGUUGAUCUUCCCUGUGGCGUAUACAGUCUAGACAUCUCUUCCAAGCCAUCCGCUGCCCCUCUUAUUGCCGUAACCUCGGGUCACAGACUAUUCUUGGUGCGCCCUACAGGAAGCGCCUUUUCCUAAAUAAAUCACUUGUCUUUGUCUGCAGUUCUGAUGUAUGUAGUGUGAAGCUGGGGGGCAGCAGACCAGUUCCCCCAUGUGUCUGCUGAUAUCUCCUGUUACACCACCUGUUUCCCAUUCACAUGACUGAAGCUUAGCUUUAACUCUAAGGGUCAGACUUCUCCGAAUUGAGGUACACUCAGGGGCAAACACAUAAUCACACGGUCAUCCAACUGCCCAUCGUUUAACCUCACACUGAUUAUGAGGCACAGGUGGGGUCACAGGCUAGUGAGGCAUGCACGCCUAUGUGUCAUUGUAUAUAAGGUACUCCUCAGGGGACAUGCACUGUGCCACACAGGCCCUCUAAGUACCGGAUUUAUGGCUCAGCACAUUGCCAACCUACAAAUAUCAGUGACGCUGCUAAGUACACAAUAUGCAGUUUUAUUUUGACAUCAUACUGUUAACAUUUUUUUGGCAAGUAUUCACAUUUUAGGGUUGUUAAUUUGGAGAUAAAUUACUAUGGUUUUAUUAAAGACUUUAUCAAAGUA